AUGGCGGGAACGAGUGUCGGGGCCCGCUUCUACCGGCAGAUCAAGAGACAUCCCGCGCUCAUCCCGAUGAUCGGCUUCAUUGGUCUGGGAAUGGGCAGCGCUGCGCUGUACUUGCUGAGACUCGCCCUGCGCAGCCCCGACGUCUGGUAA